ACACGCACAUCAGCAGAUAACACCACAACGGCCACUGAGCAUAUUUCCUUGUCAAUAUGAGCAGCCCUCUGUCGUCCGAAACCCUCAGUGGUGUCCUCGUCCCUUCGGCCCUCCUGAUCGCCGGCACUUUUUUCGUCAAGCAGGAAUGGGUUCCUUACGCAGUCGCCGUUGCAGCGGUUUUCUCUGCUUUUAGGAUCCUAACAGCCCGCCCCCGAAAGGUGCUCAACCCCAAGGAGUUCCAAGACUUUGUUCUCAAAGAAAAGAACCUCAUCUCCCACAACGUUGCCAUCUACCGAUUUGCGCUCCCCCGUUCAACCGAUAUUCUCGGUCUCCCAAUUGGUCAACAUAUCUCUCUCCAGGCGCAGAUUGCCGGAAACCCAACCCCCGUCGUUCGCUCUUACACCCCCAUCUCGUCCGACCAUGAAGCUGGCUAUUUUGAUCUCCUGGUCAAGACUUACCCACAGGGUAAUAUCUCGAAGUAUUUGGAUGAGCUGAAGAUUGGUCAGACCAUGAAGGUCCGCGGUCCCAAGGGUGCCAUGGUUUAUACCCCGAACAUGUCCCGUCACAUUGGUAUGAUCGCUGGCGGUACUGGUAUUACUCCUAUGCUGCAGAUCAUCAAGGCCAUUAUCCGUGGCAGACCCCGAAACGGCGGCAAUGACACUACCAAGAUUGAUCUCAUAUUCGCCAAUGUCAAUCCCGAGGAUAUUCUUCUCAAGGACGAGUUGGACAAGUUGGCUGCAGAGGAUGACCAGUUCAAUAUCUACUAUGUUUUGAACAACCCACCGGAGGGAUGGAAGGGUGGUGUUGGAUUCGUCACGGCUGACAUGAUCAAGGUGCGUGAUCCUUAUGCUAUUAUAAUAUGAAUAGCGUUGAAACUUACCCGACAAUAGGAACACCUCCCCGCCCCUGCUGAUGAUGUAAAGGUCCUGCUCUGUGGACCACCUCCUAUGAUUUCUGCCAUGAAGAAGACCACCGAAGCUCUCGGAUACAAGAAAGCCAGCCCUGUCAGCAAGCUUCACGACCAGGUCUUUGCUUUCUAAGCUGUCAUUAGAUACCUUGUUAAGAAAAUGAAAUGACUGUACUGUCUAGCAUGACCUCUUUGGUUAAGAACAAGGAGGUCAUGCAACCAGAACACGAGACGAAGACUAGGAUAAUAUCGUGUAUGUUCAAAUGCCAUAUACUUAAAAUGCGUUUAGUUCUACGA